GGGAAGAUGGCGCAGGAGGCGCGGGGGAUGGAGGGCGACGUGGAGGACGGCGAGCUCUCCGGCUCCGACUCCGACAUGGCGGGGGCCGGCUCUCCCGGGGACCCGCAGCAGAAAUUGCAUGAUGGAAGUAAUUCAGUCAGACCUUUCCAGAGCAUCAUUUCAUCCUGUCCACCAAGUGUCCCGUAUCGGACAACCAAAAGUGCGGACUCAAGUGAUGAGAGUUUUUCUGAAUCUGAUGAUGAUAGUUGUCUGUGGAAAAGAAAACGUCAGAAGUGUUCCAACCUUCCUCCGGCUAAAUCUGAGCCUUUUCAGUUUACUCAGAACCAGCAAAAGCAAACCCUCCCAAGUGGCAAGAAGGUCAACAAUAUCUGGGGAGUGGUGCUUCAGGAGCAGAGUCAGGAUGCUGUGGCUACUGAACUUGGAAUUCUAGGAAUGGAUGGUAGUAUUGACAGAAGCAGGCAGUCUGAGACUUACAAUUAUUUAUUGGCUAAAAAGCUAAUGAGAGAAGCUCAGCAAAAGGAGGCAGAGACUUUAGAUAAAGAGUUGGAUGAAUACAUGCAUGAUGACAAGAAAACAUUGCCAGCAGAAGAAGAAAAUGGACAUGGUUUUCUCAAACGAAAGCGGCCUGUAAAAGAUAGACUAGGAGAAAGACAAGAAAUGAAUUAUAAAGGAAGAUACGAGAUCACAGAAGAAGAUUCUGAGGAAAAAGUGGCAGAUGAAAUUGCUUAUCGGCUUUGUGAACCAAAGAAAGAUUUAAUUGCCCGAGUAGUGAAAAUAAUUGGAAAAAGGAAGGCUAUUGAAUUGCUUAUGGAAACUGCUGAAGUGGAACAAAAUGGUGGACUGUUCAUAGUGAAUGGUACUAGAAGAAGAACACCAGGGGGAGUGUAUUUAAAUCUGCUGAAGAACACACCUAGCAUCAAAGAACAACAAAUCAAGGAAAUCUUCUACUUGGAAAACCAAAAGGAGUAUGAAAACAAGAAGGCUGCUAAGAAGAGGAGAAUGCAAGUUCUAGGAAAGAAGAUGAAAAAAGCUAUUAAAGGGCUUAACCUGCAAGAAUAUGAUGAUGCAUCUCGAGAGACUUUUGCUAGUGACACAAAUGAGGCUCUGGCUUCUCUGGAUGAUUUACAGGAAGGACAUCAUGAAGCAAAGAUGGAAUCAGAAGAUGUUAUUGAGAUUGAUAACCCUCACGAUUUGGAAAUCUUUUAGCUCUCAGUGUACUUGAUAACAAAAUCUCUGUAAAAUAUAUUAAAUCAAGCUUUUAUUAUAAUUUCAUGACUUCCUGUUUUCAUAAGUUGCAGAAAUAUGGAAAAUACUCAAUGUUAAAAAAACUAUAUAAUCCUUCACUAAGUUUAACAGCGUGAGGGUUAUUAUUUUUCCUGUUUUGUUUGCUGUAGUCUCAAAAAYUGUUAAGGUUUUCUAGAUAACAGGUCUACUUCCUGGUGUUUUUGGAAAUUUUUAGGAAAUUUCAAAGCCACGUUAAGUUUCAGAAUUAAGGCAUUCUUCUAAUUGAAUACACCAUUUUCAUCUGUUGAAACUAACAGUCAUAAAAAAUAAUAGCCAAGGCUGCUCUGAAUUAAAAUUGAGUAGAAACUUACUCUGGUUAAGUUUUGACAUAGAAGAUCCUGUGUUCUUGAUGUAGCAAUGUAUUGACAAUAAUAGUGUCUGUGAUAUUAAGAUUUAUAAAAGCAGAUAGGUUUCUGAAACAAACUAAAUUUUAAGAGUGAAUGAUUUUUGAGUAACAAGCCUGCAAACGAGCACUAUUGAGCAACRCAUGUUGUAAACCACUACUGCAGGUUUUAAUCUUUCAUAUUGUAACAAUUGUUUGAUCUUUCUACCUCCUGUGUUUAAGCUUUUUCCAUAAUGCACGCAACUUAAACAGAUCUUUUUGUUUUGAGUCAAUUACAGUGGAACUCAGUUUCUGAGCCAUUAGCCCAUGCUUCAGUAUGGUCUACAUAAAUUUGCAUUCCCCUGAAGAACUGUGUUUGCUCAAGACUUCAUAGACAGACAUAAAUCCUUAACCUUGCAAUUCCUGUCCCCAUGCUUCUCUCUUAUCUGUGUGGUAAAAGUGUGAAACUCAGAGAAAUUCUGAAGUUUUUAUUAAUUUUGACUCUUAUAAAACAACAGUAUGCAAGAGAGAUGAUUUCUACUUGAUAAAGUUGACUAGUUUUUAGGUUUUGAASAUAACUUUUACGUUCCACAUUGUUUGGGAACAUAACAGAAGAGUAUGUGAGACAUUGAUAACAUGUAUGAUGUCUAAAACUUGUUGUCCCUAAUAAGUUGUGUUUUAUGUGAAUUUUAUGUUUUCAUUAUAAAAUAUUUCUGAAAUAUUAACUCACUUUAAAACCUGACAACAAACUUUUGCACGUAAAUUUUGCUCACCUGAGAGUCGUUGGGUUUCACAAGAGAAGCAUGUUACCAGAAACUUAAUGUAAUUGCAGUAUUGAAUAGUUCAGUACUUUGAACAGCUGGUGUUUACUAAAGCAUUURGAAAAAGAGCUAUUAAACUUAGAGAAUAUUCCAUUAUAUGGUUUUAAAUUCAGUUUACUUGAGAGUUUUGACCUUUCUGCAUCUUUAUGGUGGUACGUGAAUUCCCUGUUAGGAAGAAAUUGUUCAUCAGCUAUGAAGCAUGGUUGGUUCCUGGUACAGUACUUCUUGCCACAAAAGUAGCAAAAGGUUUUGAUGUGUUUGUUGUCUUUCCUAGCACAGCUAUGCUGGUCAAUGUGCUAAACUGAUUCUGAGACUUUUUUUACACAGUUUGGUUAGUUUGGGACUCUGUCAUCAGCUGCUGAUCUGGGAUUUCCUGGAUAAUUUUGUUUUUUUCUUCUCCCUAGAUAUUGUCAGCAAAYUUUCAUAGUUGUUUCAUUACUUUUUUAUUGUUGCAUAAUUGGAUAAUUUGUUGCCAAUGGAGAAGAUUCUUGUAAUUAGUGGGGUUUUGUUUGUUUUGGAUUUCCUAAGUAAAGGUUGCUGGAACAGUGUAUAAAUUCCUUCUCUCACAGAAAGAGGGUGAUACUGAGCGCUACCUUCCAGUGUCUGACUAAAUGACUUUUGACUAUUUUAAGUAUUUUC